ACAGUCUGCGGCUAAUAGAGUUGUUCGCUAACGCAGGGUGUUUGUCUGGGACAACAGGAUGGGUGUAUCAGAUUUACAGUUUGAUACAAAUGCUGGACCUGUGCUGGAUCUUUCAGCCAGUAGCAUCCAAAAGCUGGAUCCCAGUUUCACCUGCUCUGAAGACACUCACACUCUCAUCCUGGACCGUAACCACAUCAUGAAACUGGACCACCUGGAAAGGAGCCCAGGCCUUCAGCAGCUGUCUGUAGCUAGUAACCGUUUGGUCAGAAUGAUGGGUGUGUCUCGGCUGACAGAGUUGAGAGUCCUCAAUCUUCCCAAUAACAGUAUUGGCUACAUCGAGGGGCUAAGAGAUCUGCCUCACCUCAAAUGGCUCAACCUGUCUGGAAACAAUAUUAAGGUCAUUGAACAACUCAGCAACUGUGUGUCCCUUCAACACCUGGAUCUGUCUGACAAUAACAUAUCUACCAUUGGUGAUUUGACUAAACUCGUAGCAUUAAAGACGCUUUUACUCCAUGGAAACAGCAUUACAACACUUCGUACAGUUCCUGCUCACCUCCCUGCCCAUUUGUCCAUUCUCUCCCUGGCAGAAAACGAGAUAAGAGAUCUCAAUGAAGUGUCAUACCUGGCACCUCUCCAUGAACUGGAGCAGCUGUCAAUAAUGAGCAACCCUUGUGUUAUGGCAACACCCUCAUUGCCAGGAUUUGACUAUCGGCCUUACAUCAUGAGUUGGUGCCUGAGCCUAAAGGUCCUGGACGGCUAUGUAGUAUCACAAAAAGAAGGUCUCAAAGCAGAGUGGCUGUACAGUCAAGGUAAAGGACGUUCAUAUCGACCAGGUCAGCAUAUACAGCUGGUUCAGUAUCUCACCACUGUUUGCCCUCUGACCUCAUCACCGGCCCUGGAGACAGCAGAAGAUGCCAAGCUGGAGAAGAUCCUCAGUAAGCAGAGGUUUCACCAAAGGCAGCUGUUAGAGGAGACCCGGGGAGGCUGUCCCAGCCUUCCUCGUCCAACUCAACUAGAUGUGGAGAAGCACAGUCCAUCAGAUGCCACGCCACUGGGGGGAGACAGAGAGGUGAAGAAAAACAUUGCACCUGGACCAGCUGCUGCUCCAUCAGUCCUGGAGACAGAGCCAGUUGUGCAGUUCAACACUUGGGUGAGCUGCGAUUCUUCCCACACAUCAUUGCCAGUAGUUCGCAGCCCAAGGCGUGGAGAGGAGCACAUCUAUUUGGAGGAUGUUCAGACAGAUGAAGACAAACUCAAUGGCAGCAUGCUUUCCUCAGAGUCCACCUUUCUCCCCUUCACAUCUGGUCUGGAGCCACAAACGAACCAGUCUGACAGCGAGGACGAGACAGAGACUUUUGAACCUGAUUCCCUGGCCCCAAAGCGGCCAGCACAGCCCAGAAAGCACAACACUGACAAGACACGUCGUUCGCCCCCAGUGGAUAAGCAGGAGAGGAAGACUCUUGAAGAAGAAGUUAUUUCUGGUGCAGCCCCAACAGUUAUCUCUCCAGGGGUCAGAGUUAGCACACCACAAAAUGAGCUGAAAACAUCCUCUGAUUUUGGACAAGCAGAGAUGAAAGAAGCCCCCAAGCAGGAAGACGCUGGUAUGUGUGCCAGCAAAUCAGGUUUGAUGGAAGCAGACAAGGCAGCAGUUAAAAUCCAGGCCUGGUGGAGGGGUCAGUACACUCGCUGUUGUCACCCCAUGGCCAGAGAGGUGCGCAGUGAAAUCCGCCUGCGCAGAAUGCAAGAACAUAUCCUCUUCCUGUCUGAGAAGCUGGGCAGUGUGCAGAAGCAGUAUGAAGAAGAGAGGUUACAAAGGCUGGUCCAGGAGGAGGCUGUGAAGUUUCUGUGGAAUGAGCUCCAGUCUAUGCAGCAGUGGAAGAAGUCUGUGGAGCAGCAGUUGGAUAAUAUUACUCAAGCUGUCACCCAGGCUCAGAUCUCAUCUCCUGGACAAGGUAAGGCUGCCCCACCUGUCACCUCCAGCACAACGAACCCACCCAGCACAGACGUCUCCUUCCCAGACUCUGGCUUCCAGUCGACAAGCGAUCAGCAGGCGGCGCAGGAGGACAGUUUCCUGAGCAGUGGGACAGAAGACUCCCUGAAGACGGUGCGCGCACUGAGCCCUGUUCGUAGCAGCUUUGCUGGUGGCAGCGACGGUGCGGACAGCGCAGACUGCAGCCUCCUGGAGCAGUACCUCUCCUCUGUCCAGCAGAGGGAGGAGGAGGCUGAGGAGGUGAUCAGUGAUAGAACAGAAACACCCCAGCCUUCCUCUCCAGUCUCACCUGGUAAAACAGCGCAGUCCAACUCUCCCCCGCAGAAGGCAGCAGAAGUGCAAAGAACGGAGGGAACCACUCUCGGCCCUGUCUGAGUCUACACCUAACCUGGAGCCCACACCUGUAUAGAACUCCUCAGCGUGUGUAAAUUAGCACUGGGUGUAGGACCGAGAUGCAUUGUUCCCUUGAGACUUUGGGCAUGACAGAAAACUGCACUCAUCUUGACUACUGACCCAGAUUAUAAAUAACUGCACUCAAGUCUGAACCCAGGACAGGCUUGAAAACAACACCUUACUGUGAAUGUAACUCGAGUUUUUUAUACUACACUACAUGUUCUCUUAUUUAAUGGACAUUCUCCUCUUUGUGUAAAGGCAAUGAUUGUGAUGUAGCAUCAGAAGGUUUUAGUAACUUGAAAGCAAUUUUCUCAUCACAUACAGUGAGUAGGUUGCUUCCUCUACUGAUGCAAAGACCAAGCAUAUUCUGUUUGUCGAUAUCCACUGUAUUAUUGAUAAACUGCAAUAAAUCAGAUUAGGAGUUGAUGUGUUAAAUGUAGUGCACUUGUAAACACAGAUGUAUACUAUACAUGAGCCACAACAUGCAUACUAUCUAUUGUGACACACAGUGAUAAUGAUUGAUAGAAAAAUGUUGUAUCUUUAUGUUCUUCAGAGAAAUGUAAAUA